UCCUGACGAGCAACAGGUCGAACCAAAACAAUCCGAUCACGAGUUGACAGGAGGAUUUCUCCCUGCAAGGAUAUCGCAGUCAUGAUGAAGAUUUGCGGCCCCAAAUUGUCCCUUUGCUGCACCAUUUUGAGUGUGUGGGCAAUCAUACAGCUUGGGUUGAUGGCCAUCUUCUUCUAUGUAAGAUCCCCCGCCUUUAUUGAGGACCUGAAGAUUGACGAUCAUGAUCACCAUGACGCAGAGAAAUUCCUGAAGGCUCUGGAUACUUCGUAUUCAACGAUUGCCGUCAACUGUGCAAUUUCUGCCGGGCUGUAUGUAGUGACUCUUGCUGUUUCCGGCUGGCAAAUGUGGGUGAACAAGAACAGUUAGAGAGAAUAUUUUUAGGAGAACAUCUCUAGAAAUAUCUACUGAUGUUGAGCAAGAGAAGAAACAUCUUGAUUACCCCCCCCCCUUUUUUUUUUUUUCUUCUUUCCCAAAUACCACAGAAAAUAUGUUUAAAAUGUUGAUAGAUGUAUGAAUAUAUAUGAAUACUUUUUUGGGGGGGUAGGUUGUUUAUUUUCCUCAUAGUUUUCAUUGGUAUGUCAUGAAAAGGGACGUGUUUUUCUUUGUUUUCACAUUCCCAGAUGUUUAAGAACUUGAUCCAGUUACACCAGGUGAAAAUAUUAGCUAUAGACUAUCUGCAUUACCAGCUGUUACCAUGCACAAAAGCCAGUCCAUCAGUAUUAGCUUUAGACAAGAAAAAAAUAUAAAAAA